AUGGCACGACACCAAAUCAGUGAAUACCUCACGAACAACACCAUCCGCACGUACUACGCCCUCGACAAAUCCAUGAUGAAGGCUCACGCCGAAAAGCGCAACGAAGACGCAGAGUCUAUUGCUCGCUCGCUGCUGGAGAACCUCGACCUUCCCUUGCUCCUUCGCGCCCGCGCCUGUAUGAUGCUGGGCUGUGGGGAGGGUCCAGACUCUCUUGAUAUGGCGAAGGAGAGUGUCCGCGUUGCAGAACUGGGCCUCAGUCUGUGCGAGGAGCCGGGAGAGCUUGAGAAGAAUCUCGUGAAGGAUUGCAAGAAGGUACUGGAAGAAGCGCAAGAAGCAGCCGACCAGCAGGACGACGAUGACGAUGACGAGAAGAACGACGAUGCGAUGGAGCUUGUCUAG